AUGCCAGGCGCACGGCACAAUUUUGGGCGGGGCUUUCCUAACGGCGACCAAUACGACGGGGAGACCAUUGAGGGAAACAUCAACGAUGGGAAGUGUGGAUUUUUUGAGACUACGGGCGGGGCCAAGUAUGUGGGAGCGCAGUUACUGGGUAAACCGCAUGGAAAGGGCAAGUACAUCGUUCCCGGUGCGAUGGGUUAUAUAUAUGAAGGUGACUUUGUGAAUGGGGAGCGAAGCGGAAAUGGAGUUUGUACAUUUUCGAACGGUAGAAAAUAUGAGGGGGAUUGGCUGGGAGACAAGAUGCACGGUAACGGGACACUCUAUGGGGCAGAGGGCGUCGAUGAUUUUGUGGAGUAUGUUGGCCCUUUUGUGGAGGGGGAGCGAAGUGGUGCGGAUGGAAGAUGUCGAUAUGUGAAUGACAACAUUUAUAAGGGAUUGUGGCUUCAUGAUAAGCGAAAUGGCCGUGGGGAAUUGGUAUUGGGACGAGCGUCUAGCACGCCUGGGUACACACCACGGAUGGGCGAACCUCAUAUUGUCGCAUACAAGGGUAAGUUUGAGAAUGAUGCACCAAGCGGAAUGGGAGAAUUUCUUUACUCAGACGGUAGCAGCUAUGUGGGUGAAUGUGUCGGGUUUUCUCGUCAUGGUGAAGGUUUGCACCGUAAAUUGAAUGGUGAUACAUACAAGGGUGGCUUUCAACUUGACCGUCGAUGGGGAAAAGGGGUUUUGCAGAAUAAAUAUGGUGAAUACAAUGGAGAAUGGCGGGAUGACCUGCUUGAGGGUCAUCUUAUUUUCAGAGGUGAUGCGGCUGGCGCAGUGGCAACAGACCUCAUCUUUUAUGAGGGUCCAUGCGUAAGCGGCGAAAUGGUGGGGAAUGAAGUGGUUGCAAAAUACCGCGACGGAAGCUCCUACAAAGGUGCGAUGGUUGCUGGGAAGCCCAAUGGAAUAGGCAUUUUAGAAAAAAAGCGAAUAAAAAUUCCUGGCGUUGGCGAGUUCAUGCUUCGUUACGAAGGGGAUUUUAUGGGAGGAGUGCCCAAGGGAUCCGGUACUGGAACGCUCACUCUGCUGACGGCAGAUCCACGAACCGCACCAUCACCGCCCAUCUCAGCAGAGGUUCGGUGUUUCAUUCCGCAACUUGAUGUUUCUGGUCAAUAUAAAGGGAUGUGGCUCAAUGGAUUGCCGAACGGAGAUGGAGAUUGGCAGUGGGUGAAUGAACAGAGUUAUCGAGGUGCUGUGAAGAGCGGGAUACCACAGGGUUCAGGGGUCUUUAUAACACCAAAGGUGCACUAUGAGGGCUCAUUUAUCUGUGGACUUCCUGAAGGCUACGGCAAGAUUACUUGGAGGGGCACUGAAGAAAAAAAAGAGGACACGUACGAGGGCUCAUGGAAGGAAGGAUAUUUGGAUGGAGAAGGCAAAUUGAUACUGCAUGACGGCUCCACGUACACUGGUGGGUGGAAAAGUGGAAUUAAGGAGGGAAACGGAGUGGAUUCUGUCGUGAAGAAGUACCACUACAGCGGAGAGCUGAAGGAGGGCAAGCGUCAUGGCAAGGGAACAAUUUCCAUGUUAAAGGAGGGUUUUAAAUAUGAGGGUGAGUUUGUUAUGGAUGAGCUCACUGGAAAUGGUACAAUGACGUUAGAAGACGGUACAGUAAUAAUAGGAGGCUUUGCCAAUGGAAAACCGCAUGGAAAUGUGAAAAUCACACUCCCGACGCAGGAUGGGUUUCAGGGUGAGUUCAAACAUGGUGUGGUCAGUGGCUCAGGCACCCUGUUUUACAAUGGAGGUAAGUACGAGGGUGAAGUUGCCGACAGUGGAAAUCCGCUGCCGAUGCGCCAUGGACGUGGAGUUUAUACUUUUAUUGAGGGUGAUGUUCUUGAGUGUACAUGGAAGCGAAACGUCCUGCACGGUGAUGGUAUCUAUACAACGUCCACGGGUGAUCGAUCGACACGUUCCUACGUAGACGGAGUGCUUAAAGCCGUGUCGCCUCAGAGCACCGAUGCGCCUCCUUCCCAGAAAGGAUUUCCCAUAGAGUUAUCAGAGGAGGAGCAGCAGCAGCAGCAGCAAUUACACAAGAAACAGGUUGUGUCUAUUCGUCGCUCGCUUCCCAAUCGAUCCCCCAGCAACUCGUUUCAGCGAAGUCUGGCGAGGCAGAUGAGUUCAUCCGGCACCACGAGGAGUACCGUCGCGAUGCCAAAAGUGAAAAGCUCAAGUAUCUCCAUAAUGACUACGCCGAAGCCGGUGAGUCCGCGAAGCGCCGCGGUGGCAUCGCCUUCAUUCUCGUUUAAAUCGGUCCUCCGCAUUUCUGAAUCCCCCGUAAAGCCUCUCAGCGCCAUGACUAUAGUGCGACGUAGAACUGUGACUGGGGUGGCGGGGAAUGGGAUUGAAGCCGGCGGCAGUAGUCAUCUAACUCCUUUCUCACGGUUUCAUGACGGUAUCAAGGGGCUGCCAAGUUGCACCGAGAGCUCUGAGGAGUGGAAGGGGGCACAGCUCAAUACCUCUUACCCUGUCGCUGGGGGAGACAAGGGGCUGGUGCAGAGUACCGUCGUCAGGCGUGAAGCCCGCGAGGGCGAGAUUCAUUCCCUAACGGAGGCCCUUCGGAGGAUCAACGAACAGAUUUGGCAGGAAAGUUUCAUGGCGGGCCUUCCGGUAACGGCAGGAAAUGAGGGGCUGAAGUUGACGAAGGCAAGCAGGCUCGACCAAUUGGAGUCUCUUCAGCUGGAGAGAAGAAACAUUGUCGACAAGCUGAGCGUCAUUCUGCGGUAA